AUGGUCUUUUCUUCAUCUCCCACCAAUGCAAGCCAUUUAUGCCUUAGUGACCAGAGCCAGUUCUUGUUGCAAUUCAAGAAAAGCAUUGAUAUAGACAACACAGCUUCUUCAGGCUGUGAUUCCAAUGGUGUGCCUUCUUAUCCGAGGACGAAAUCUUGGAACAGAAGGACAGAUUGCUGUAGGUGGGAUGGAGUAACAUGUAAUGAGCUAAGUGGUGAAGUUAUUGGCCUGGAUCUUAGCUGCAGCCCGCUUCAUGGGGUAAUCAAUUCCAACAGCAGCCUCUUUCAGCUUUCUUACCUCAAAUGUCUCAGCCUUGCUCACAAUGAUUUCUCUUCUUCACUGAUUUCCAGUAAGUUUGGUGGGCUUUCGAGUUCGACACACCUCAAUCUCUCCAGCUCUGGAUUUUCAGGUCAACUUCCAUCUGAAUUCUUGAGCUUCUCCAAUUUAGUCACCCUUGAUCUCUCACAGCCUUUGCAAUAUAUUAGAAUCCAACCGCCUGUUUUUAAGUUGCUUCUUCGAAACUUAACACGGUUAAGAGAAGCUUUUAUUUACAGAGCACAAAUUUGUAUGGCAAAUGCCAGGCCAGCUGACAUUUUCGAACUACCAAACUUGGUAAGAGUUGAGUUGACUAACAACCAUGACCUUUAUGGUUACUUGUCAGAUGUGAAAUGGAACACCACCACCAGCACGCUGAGUUAUCUAGCUCUUUCUGAAAGCGACCUUGAAUCCAAUCAACUUACUGGCCAACUCUAUGAUUUCCAGUAUCAGUCAAUACAGAGAAUUUAUCUGAGUGGAAAUAAGCUGGAUGGUCCUGUUCCAAAAUCAGUUUCAAAACUUGUAAAUCUAGCACUGCUUGAUCUGUCAUCAAACAAUUUCGGCGGUGUUGUGCAGGCUAGCAUGUUUUCAAACUGCAACCAGCUUCAAACUUUUGAUCUUUCUAACAAUAACAUUUUGCUGAUCACUGAUGGUGUUAAUUCUACCUUGCCUCAAUCUGUUGCAUUUCUGUUUUUGUCCUCUUGUGGAAUCAAAGAUUUGGAUUUCUUAGUGCCUGCAAAUAACCUAUAUAAGCUAGAUCCUUCAGAGAAUUUGCUCCAUGGUGAUAUAUUUUCAGAUAAAAAAGGGUAUAACUGGAGUCAGCGUUUGUUCUAUUUGAAUCUCUCCUACAACUCUCUAAUUGAUCUGAGCCAAAUUCCACUCCCAAAUCUGCUUUAUCUAGAUCUUAGUUCAUGUUUGUUGCAAGGGCCUGUGGUUAUUCCACCUGCCAGCGUACAGGUCUUCAUGAUUCCAGAUAACUAUCUUACUGGAGAAUCCCAUCAUCAAUAUGCAAAUUAA